UGUCCGGCUGCAGGCGGAGCUCGUGUCGCAGCACGCUGUGUACCUGCAGCUGGUAGGUCUCAGCGCUACAGAUACACAGACACUCUUUAGCUUUCGGUCUGAAACAUUUAGUUGUAGUAAUCUGCUGCACAGCCGGAGUCAGCUCGUAUUUACACUUGUAUCUGAAUUGUACCUGAGCACUUUUGGGAGCAACUUGCUCCAACAACAACAACAGAGCUCCGCGCGGAGGAAUGCACUUUAUCUGCGUGAGAAAAUACGCCAAAAAGAAGAAGAAGACGACAACGUUUUAUCAGGAUGGAGAGCUUAAAUGGUGCCCGUCUGUCGUCAAGCCGUUGGCCGUCUGUUGGGGCAGUUUCACCGGGUGAACAUCCUCCUGUUGGGAGAGCUCCGUCCCAGGUGACCGUGAAGAGACAAGCCGUGAAGAGACACCACCACAAACACAACCUGAAGCACAGGUACGAGUUUCUGGAGACCCUCGGGAAAGGAACCUAUGGCAAAGUGAAGAAGGCCAAGGAAAGAUCCGGCCGACUGGUUGCCAUAAAGUCGAUCAGAAAGGAUAAGAUAAAGGAUGAGCAGGACCUGGUUCAUAUUCGCAGAGAAAUUGAGAUCAUGUCCUCACUCUGCCAUCCGCACAUCAUCACCAUAUAUGAAGUAUUUGAGAACAAGGACAAAAUUGUGAUUGUGAUGGAGUACGCCAGCCGAGGGGACCUGUACGACUACGUCUGUGACAAGGGGAACAUCUCUGAACGGGAGGCCAGGCACUUCUUCAGACAAAUCGUAUCGGCUGUGCACUACUGCCAUCAGAAUGGAAUAGUACACCGGGACCUGAAACUAGAAAAUAUUUUACUAGAUGGCAAAGGCAAUGUGAAGAUCGCAGACUUCGGGCUGUCGAACCUCUUCCACGGUGAUGAGUACCUCCAAACCUUUUGUGGAAGCCCUCUGUAUGCUUCCCCAGAGAUUGUCAAUGGACGGCCAUACCGCGGGCCAGAGGUGGACACUUGGUCUCUUGGUGUGCUGUUGUACACUAUGGUUCAUGGUACUAUGCCAUUUGACGGAAACAACCACAAGGCAUUGGUCCAACAGAUAAGCACCGGAAACUAUCGUAAACCCACCAAUCCCUCUGAUGCAUGUGGGCUUAUCCGUUGGAUGCUGAUGGUAAAUCCUGAGCGCAGAGCCACAAUAGAGGAGAUUGCAGGACACUGGUGGCUCAACUGGGGCUACCCGCAGCCAUUACUGGCUGAGACAAAGAGCAGUCCAGUGGAGCAGACCACUUCCCCAGCCUCUCCAUCGACAUCACAUCCUGCCGGGCUGGCCCUUGUUGGUAGUUGGCUGCGCCGUACGUCCAGGCCUUUACUGGAGAAUGGCUCUAAGAUGCGCUGCCUGCUGCGCUCACAGGGCGGUGGAGGGGAUGUCGUCCGGCAGCGCUCCCUGCGAAGGUCGCAAAAGGAAAACAACGUCUCCCAGACCGUUCAUGAAGUAAGCACUGACAGUCGCCCCUCCAAGGGGAUUCUAAAGAGACGCAACAGUGUGAAACAGAAGGCAAUGGAUGAAGUCCCUGCUGCGGGUUCAGUGGAGCCACAGAACAUUUUGGGUUUGUCUGCACCAGCUGAUGCGCCUUCAGCUGAUCCGCUGCCUCGCAAAGGAAUCCUAAAGAAGCGAGCGGAGCAGGAGUCGGGCUACUACUCCUCCUCUCCCGAGAACAGCGACUCUGGCUGGGCUCCACAAGCUAAAGAGUGCCCUUCACCGCCAACUCACAGGAAAGGCAUCUUGAAGCGCAAUGGAAAGUUCUCCUCAGGUAGGCUGCAGGAGUUUGGCUCUCUGGACCAGCUGGCGGCUUCGUUACCCUGCGGAAGCGUCCGGUCGAGACCGAGCGGGGCCACCAGCGAGGACAGCAUUCUGUCUUCCGAGUCCUUUGACCAGCUGGAUCUGCCAGACUGCGUAGGACCUCCAGCACAACUGGAUAAACCAGCCAAGUCCAGCAUGAGAGGAUGCGUGUCUGCUGACAACCUGCUGGACAUCACAGAAGACGGGAUCCUUGGGGACAGGUUGCCGAGGGCCUGGCACUGCUACAGGUCUGGAGUGGCUGACAGCGCCUUUUCGAUCACAGACUGUGAUAAUGUAACAGAGGCUUACAAACAAGCCACGGUUACACGAGGCUCUGCAGCAAGCUGAAGGCCUGUUAACUAAAGACUGCUAAACUACUGAAGACAUGUUCGCCAAAGUGCAUUAUGUGACCUCACCAGCACACUGUUGUGAUAAUCAUUCUGGCAAACUUCAGGAAGUGCACAGUACCAAAAAGGCCGGAGGCUUCUUGUUAAAUGUCGACGGCUGUAUUUUAGAUGGUGAUAAGUGUCCUUAUGAAUAUCUUGUAAUUUUGAAUGAGUAAAGCAGACUAAAAAUAAGCAGACUGCACAAAUAUCAUGCUGCAGUUUAAAAUGUCCAUUUCAAAGAUCCUCAGCAGAGGAGAGCUGCUGCUGUUGGUCAACCAGGAGCUCUACAUUUUCAACAUAAGAGCUUAUUAUCAAGUGUAGUUAAAAAGUCACCCUGAAAACAAAAAACUGGUCUUCAAUGUCAAAGUAAAGUUUGUUGAACACAUUGCUCAGUGACAAUAAACCAAGAAGCUGACAUUCACAGUCACAAUAGGACUGUUGUUUGAACAACGCUUCAGCCACAAAGUCGGUGUCUUUUACUGUCGACAGGACAGUUUGAUAAAGAGUUUAUGACUUAACAGCUCUUUAAGAUUCUAGCAGUGCGAGAGCUGAUCAUCUGUCAACAUAUUUAUCUAGAACAGCACUAACGCACAGGUUCAACGUUAGGAGGGGUAUACUACAGCUUUUACUGUGCUUCAGGAUGUGGGGAAAUGACAUUUCGUGGAUACCAAAGAGUAAGUUUGCUACCGUCAUUGGAGUUAUUGUUUCGUUAUUUAAAGCAACAGCAAAAAGUGCCAAGAUGUUUGUUUGUGACAGGGAUUUCAGCUCUGAAGAGCAAUUUGUUUUUUUUUUUUGUUUUUUUUUUUUUUUUUAAAUUCUUGUUUUUUUCCACUUGAAAGGACUCGUUCUAAGUUUGGAUAAUGACUUGAAUAAUAAUCAUAACAUGUGACUCACAUAGAGCGUAACCAGUAGAACCUGCUUUUGCUCCAGAGCCUGCACUAAUACAAUGGACAGGUGGCAGUUUCACAGGAAAGGUAGGGCUCAUAAGGCUUUAAGGUCAAAACACUUUACUUUGUAAAACAGUGAGGUGUUUGAAAGCGAACAAUGCGCCCCAGCUAACUACUGUAUGUGUAACCCUUGUACCGAAUUUUCAAGAUCCGUCAUGCAGCUCGUGUGAACUUUUAAAUUUAAAAUAUCUCGACACCUAAGGUGAUACAGUAUUUCACAAAGCUAGAUUACAAGUUCAGCCAUUUAACUGUUUGUUUAAAAAAAAAAAAAAGAGAAGUACCACGGUUUAACCUGGUGACCUUGAAUGGUAAAAAAAAAAGCUUAAAUAUCAGGUUUAGAAGUAGAAUCAUGCAGGCUAAUGAUGACAUUACGUUUUACAAGAUAUCUGGUUUCUACUCCUGCUUUAUUAAAUACCUGCUGGUAAUCAGAAAUGUACAUUAGUAUGUUUUGUUUCUGUAUGAAAUGUCAUGCUGCACACUGGAGCAACUUAAUUGGAUUGGCAUGCUGGCAUUAAAGUAUAACAUCAAAAAUAUUUUUUUCCAGGUAUUUAUGGCCACGCUGAGGCUUAUCAGGAAUGUAACACGCAUACAAAAGUAAACUUUGAAUUGGUUGAUUCCAACUUAACAUUCUUUUCAUUCAUUUGUAAUCUGUCACAGACAACUGAUUUAUUAUUGAAGUGUGACAGAGGAAGAGGGGUCUAAAAUGGCAUCUGUUUCAUUUGUGUGUACAACAUAAAGUGCAUUUCAUCACGGUUUCUCUUGUCCCAGAAGUUGCAGGUAUGCACACUCUGAUCAUAUAUAUUUUUUUCUUUAACAGCAACAAAAACCAUGUUUGCCAAAGUUACUGGGCUUGUUAUUUAUAUGACUGUGUGAUCUGCCAUGCUGUUAUGACCGGGAUGAGGAAAUCAAUAAAAACUACAGAGAACUCAA